CAGAUCUACGGCGUGGAGGACCGGCUCGGACCCUGCCUCCGCGUUGAACCGUGGCCGCAUCCUCGCCGUGGGGGGCUGCGAAGCUCGCGAUGUUCAUGGCGGCGCCAGGCUCCCCGGUGCUGUGACUAGCAGCGCUCAGGCAGAUUUCGACCCGCAGAGUGGGUUACCGCAACCCUCCACACGGAGUCUGGGCCGUUUUAGACAACUGGUGAUGGCUGAAGUUUAGGGAAUGCUCAGCUAGCCACCCCACGGUUCACAUACCCUGUACUGUAUGCAAAGCGGUGGCCCCGAGGAUUCCGGCGGCGAGUCCGCAGAGGGUUGAAACAGUACAUAGAGGAGUCUGAGGACAAGAGCAAGCCUUGAGGAGAGCGAUUUCCAGACAUAGAACGGCCAAUGUGACGGUACUAAAGUGGGCGUUGUGCGGACUUUAUGCAGGCGUAACUGGAGCUUGCGUGUGGGACUGGAGAGUUAAGGUAAAGCAUGGCUAAAAGCUUGCGGAGUAAGUGGAAAAGGAAGAUGCGAGCUGAGAAGAGAAAGAAGAAUGCGCCAAGGGAGCUCAGCAGACUUAAAAGUAUUCUCAGAGUUGACGGUGAUGCUCUAAUGAAAGACGUUGAAGAAAUAGCAACUGUGGUGGUGCCCAAACAUUGCCAGGAGAAAAUGCAGUGUGAGGAAGUGCAGUGUGAUGCAGAUGAGGGAAAAGAUGACAUGAAAAUGGAAACUGAAAUUAAGAGAAACAGAAAGACUCUUCUAGACCAGCAUGGCCAGUACCCAGUGUGGAUGAACCAGAGGCAAAGAAAAAGACUGAAGGCCAAGAGAGAAAAGAAACGGGGGAAAAGCAGAGCAAAGGCCGCGAAGGGCCUGGCCUGGUAGACCCUCAAAGACUGGAAAGGGAGCCAGGUGUGGUAGUGCACCCCUUUACUCCCAGCACUCAAGAGACAGAGGCAGGUGCCUCUCUGUAAGUCCAAGGUCAGCCUGGUCUACAGAGCAAUUCCAAGACACUAAGGGCUCUUUUACACAGAGAAACCCUGUCUUGAAAAACAAGCAAACAAACAAAAAACCAGAAGCUAUUUGUUUUCAGUUUGGAUUUAGUUCUGUAAUUCAAAACCAAAAUAACUCAUUUGUGUUAGAAACAUGAAUAAAAUAUCUUUGGUGAUGAAAGAAUGUUAUGCUGAAGUUGUGAUUGGAUACUGCCUGAUACUGAGUAUUGUGAGCAUUAGUGUUAGUGUGGUUAUAAUUAUUUGAUCUUUCAAAAUGGUCAUUAUACUCAGUUCUACAGAUUAAGUAUGUUUAUAUCAAAACAGUUUGGGCAGAAAGCUAUUAUGUUGUCAUAUUUAAAAAUAAAAAUAGGGUAUCAAGGGGCUGAGGAAGACUCAACUUCUGUUUCUCAUGGUUGGCUCAAAACCAGCUCCCAGGGAUGUGCCCUCUUGUGGUGGCUCAAAACCAGCUCCCAGGGUGCGCCCUCUUGUGGCCUUCAGUGGCACCUACAUUCAUAUGUACAAGUUCCCACUAAUAACUAAAAAAUAACUAAUAGCUAAAAAAGUCUUAAAAAGGACACUAGUAGAUCUUACAAGUAGUACUUGAAGUGUUUAUUUUUUUUAUAAUUCAUAAUAAAUGAUAUUUUGUAUGGAGA